AUGAUGUCACAGAGCCUGGGGGCUUCUAGAACCCUGGGGGCUCUUGGUCUCAGUGUCAUCUGCCAGGAAGGCCGCCUGGCCACCUUUUCAAGUUCACCUCCAUUCCCUCCCCGGCCACGGGUCCCCGGGAGGCCCUGGAGAUGCCCAGAGGCCUCCCAUUGGCAGUCCCCAGUGGGACCUAGCUCCACGCCGCCGCUGGAGAAGGCCAGGCCAGCCAUGGGGCGGCAGCAGCCAGCUGUGGCCCUGGGGGCAGUCAGGAUCUCGCUGAUCCUGCUGGGGCUGCUUGCUCCCUCGCAGGCGGUGGUGCGGGCCGUGCUGGAUGGCAACUCGAGCACGGUGGACUUUGCGGAUAUGCCAGCCCUGUUUGGGGCGCCCCUGGCCCCCGGGGGCGUGCGAGGCUACCUGAUGGAGGCCAAGCCAGCCAACGCAUGCCAUCCCAUCCAGGGCCCACGGCCGGGCAACGGCUCCCUGGGCGCCAUUGUGCUGAUCCGCCGCUACGACUGCACGUUCGACCUCAAGGUGCUGCACGCCCAGCGGGCCGGCUUUGAGGCGGCCAUUGUGCACAAUGUGCACUCCGACGACCUGGUGAGCAUGGCGCAUGUGUAUGAGGACCUGCGGCAGCAGAUCGCCAUCCCCUCGGUGUUCGUGGGCGAGGCUGCUUCCCAGGACCUGCGGGUCAUCACGCGCUGUGACAAGGCGGCCCACGUCGUCCUGCUGCCCGACUACCCGCCCCACCCGGACCUGGACUGCCACCCGGUGCUGGCCGUCUCCUGGGUGCUGGGCCGUGCCCUGGCCCUGCUCACCAGCGCUGCCUUUGUCCUGCAGCGUCUGUGGCAUUGGCUCUGGAGCUGGCGGGCCAGCGGGCAGGCAGUCAAGGCACAGGCCACCCAGAGGGCCCAGGUGCGCACCUUCACCAGGUGUAACGACCUCUGCGCCAUCUGCCUGGAUGAGUACGAGGAAGGCGACCGCCUCAAGGUCCUGCCCUGCUCCCAUACCUACCACUGCAAGUGUAUCGACCCCUGGUUCUCCCAGGCUGUCCGGCGCUCCUGUCCCAUGUGCAAGGAGUCAGUGGCUGGCACGGACAGCUCUGACUCCACCGUCGACAGCCACGGGGACGAGGAAGAUUCCUCGCUGUCUGGCCGCCAGACGCCGACCUGGGUUGUCCAGGCCCGGCUGCGCUCCCGGAGGCUGGCUCUGCUGACCCGAGCCACCUCCCGGCGCCGCUGUAGUGCCAUCUCUGUGGGGGAGGCCGAGGCCAGUGCGCCCUUGGAGGGGCCCCCAGAACGCCACUGAGACCCGCCAGCCCCAGACUGGUAGAGAUCCGGGUGGGCAGGGUGGAAGGAAGGCAUGUUUUUAGCCUGGAGACUAGAUAAUAAAGUGGGUUUGAAAGCG